AAGAUAAAUAGGAGUAUAUAUGCAGCAUGGCAGUCUAAAACUGUACAGAACCAUCCCUCUAAUUAAGUGAGAAUAAAUGUGUUUUCAUCUCACAGUGUACAGAGAACAAAGGAAUAAACUUUGCCUUUCUAGCAAGAACUCAGCAGUCAGCUCUGUAAGACUGUGGAUGUGAAGAAAAUAUCAUAAAAAGGACACAAGCUGCAUAUAUUGUGCUGUCAUGGGACACCUUAAGACAGAUGCAGAACAGAAAGGGGACACCCUCCGCGUACUGAAGUGUAAAUGACUUGCUGUGAAUUUGUUGAUGUUCUUGUUUAACAAGAGGAAUUUAAAAUCUAUUCCUAGAUGCAGAAUGAAGAAAAUGUGCAGCAUAUUAAAAACGCAGUCAAAAUUUACGCCUGCACAUUUUUAUGUGAAUUAUGUAAGGGAUAACACUUUUUGCUCAGUGAGCAAAAAUUGAUUUGCUAAUCAGAAUCUGUGUUAGGAUAUCCAGUUAAGGACAUAUACAGCCCUCAUAGCGUGCGUCUUUGAUUCAUGUGCUAAUUGUGUGGGUCCUUUGGGGAAUACAGCAAAGCAGCGGUGUACUUCCUGAUUAAUGCUAGUGAAGAGAGACACAGCGCUCGGUGAAUAGCAGUUAGGCAACUAGUCCCAGCAGAGAAUAUGGUGCCAUUAUCUCCCCGCUGCAUAGACAACCCAUAAGGGCCUGUUGUGGCUGGCUGAUCAGUGCUGUGGAAGCAGUGACUUGCAGAGAGCUGCAAUCUUUGUCUGAUUUGUUUUAAAGUGUAUGGAGAAACUGGGACAUUUUUACUUUCCUGAUUUAUGGCCUGCAGGAUUGCACAUCUACAAAUCAUCCUGACCUGCAGAAAUUGAAGAAUAUUACACAGAGAGGAUUUCAUUGCUGAUCAUCAUCCAUUGCCAUCCUGAUAUGGUUAAUAAUCUUAAUAACCAGCACUGGACUGUAUUGCCUUAAGGACCAGGGCAUUAACAGAUUAAAGGUUGUGAAAGAAUUUAAAAGAAGCAGCAUUUUAUUCACUGGUGAUUGGACUGGAGCCUUCUGUGACCCUAGAAACUGAAAAUGAAGUUGCUAUGGAAACUACUGGUCCUUCUGCCGUUUAUGUUGUGCCUUGCAGAUAAUAAAGCAUUUCAUGGACCCAUCUUCAUCCAGGAGCCACAGAGUAUGAUUUUUCCUUUGGAUUCUGAUGAAGAAAAAGUAACACUCAAUUGUGAAGCUAAAGGAAAUCCUUCACCAUUCAUCAGGUGGAAAUUCAACGGAACUUACAUUGAUAUUUCUGCAGAUUACCGCUAUAGUCUAGUUGAUGGAAACCUGGUGAUCACAAAUCCAAACAAAACCCGUGAUGCUGGAAAAUACCAGUGUAUAGCAAUGAAUUCUUUUGGAAUUAUCAUCAGCAGAGAAGCAAAACUCCAGUUUGCAUAUCUUGAAAAUUUCAAGAGCCGAUCAAGAAGCACAGUCUCUGUACGUGAGGGGCAGGGUGUUGUUCUGUUGUGUGGACCGCCAUCCCAUUCUGGAGAACUGUCUUAUGCGUGGAUCUUCAAUGAAUAUCCAGUAUUUGUUCAACAAGAUAGUCGGCGCUUUGUUUCUCAAGAAACAGGAAACUUGUAUAUAGCAAAAAUGGAACGAUCGGAUGUUGGCAAUUACACAUGUGUGGUGACAAAUACUGUAACAAGCUACAAGGUUAUGGGACCAACUACUCCGCUGGUUCUAAGAAAUGAUGGGGUAAUGGGUGAAUAUGAACCAAAAAUAGAAGUUCAAUUUCGAGAAGUAGUUCCAUCAGCUAAAGGAUCAACUGUGAAGCUGGAAUGUUUUGCACUAGGGAACCCAGUUCCCAGUAUUAGUUGGAAGCGAGCUGAUGGGAAACCGAUGGCCAGGAAGUUCCACAUAAACAAAUCGAAUGGAGUUCUUGUAAUACCUAACUUUCAACAAGAAGAUGCAGGCUUAUACGAAUGUACAGCUGAAAACUCAAGAGGAAAAAAUACUGCUCGAGGACAGCUAACAUUCUAUGCACCUCCCAGCUGGACUCAGACAAUAAACAAUGCCCAGAUGUCAAUAGAAGACAGCAUAUAUUGGGAAUGCAAAGCCAGUGGAAGGCCAAAGCCAUCCUACAGAUGGUUAAAGAAUGGAGUGCCACUGAUAACAAAGGACAGACUUCAGAUUGACCAAGGGACACUUACUCUUCUGAACCUGAACUUGUCUGACUCUGGCAUGUAUCAGUGUGAAGCUGAAAACAAAUACGGGACUAUCUAUGCUGGCGCAGAACUAAGAGUUAUCGCAACUGGUCCAGAUUUUUCCAUAAAUCCCUUAAAACCAUUAACCCUUGUUAAAGUUGGAGGUGACGUGAUCAUUGACUGCAACCCAAAGGCUUCUCCAAGACCAACUAUUAUAUGGAAGAAGGGAUAUGAACUGUUGCUAGAAAAUGACAGGGUAUCUGUUCUAGGAAAUGGAAGCCUUAGAAUUAUCAAUGUGACUAAGCUGGAUGCUGGAAGCUAUACAUGCAUAGCAACAAACCCAUUUGGGACAACAAGUAACACAGGAAGACUAACAGUAAAAGAUGCAACAAGGAUUAUAAUUCCACCUGCAAAUAUGGAGGCAAUUGUUGGAGAAAGCAUAGUCCUUCCUUGUCAAGUAUCCCAUGAUCCUUCUCUGGGUGUUGCCUUUUCAUGGUACUUUAAUGGACAACUAAUCAAUUUUGAUGCAGACAGAGACCAUUUUGAAAAAGUCGGAGGGCAGGAUUCAGCUGGAGAUCUGAUGAUCCGAAGCAUUCAGUUGAAGCAUGCUGGGAAAUACGUCUGCAUGGUAGAGACAAAUGUUGACAAGAUUUCGGUUCCUGUAGACCUGUUUGUCAGAGGCCCUCCAGGUCCACCAGAAGCAGUAAAAGUUGUUGAAAUUACUGACAAUACGGCUCGAAUAUCCUGGAGACCAGGAGUGACUAAUAAUAGUCCUAUUACCACAUACACAGUCCAAGCAAGAACUCCAUUUUCUGUGGGCUGGCAAGCUGUUUCAACAGUUCCAGAGGUUAUUGAUGGAAGCACCUUCUCAGCAGUGGUUGUAGGACUGAACCCUUGGGUUGAGUAUGAAUUCCGAGUCAUUGCCAACAACAACAUUGGCAUUGGAGAAGCCAGUAAGCCCUCCAAAACAUUAAGAACUGUAGAAGCACUGCCUGAAGUUACUCCUGCUAAUAUAGGGGGAGGAGGAGGUACCAAGUCAGAGCUGAUCAUCACCUGGGAACCUGUUCCCGAAGAGUUACAGAACGGUGGAGGUUUUGGUUAUGUGGUAGCUUUCAGACCACUUAAGACAGCGGGUUGGAUGCAUACAGUUGUGGCUUCCCCUGACGCUUCCAGAUAUGUAUACAGAAAUGAAAGCAUGCCUCCAUUUUCACCAUAUGAAGUUAAAAUUGGUGUGUACAACAACAAAGGAGAAGGGCCCUUCAGUCCUGUGAAGAUUGUAUUUUCAGCAGAAGAUGAACCAAACAGAGCUCCAGUCAGGAUAUAUGCAAGAAGUUUGUCAUCAUCAGAAAUUGAAGUUUCUUGGGAUAUUAUCAAUGAAAAUGCCAGCAGAGGAAGGAUACAGGGGUAUGAGGUGAAAUACUGGGAAUAUGGUGAGAAAGAAGAAAGCGCAAGGAAAAUAAGAGUUAAUGGAAAAAAUAAGAACAUCUCCAAAAUCCCAAACCUAAAAGGCAGCACAGUGUAUCAAGUUGCUGUUAGAGCAUUUAACACAGCUGGCACAGGACCGUCUAGCCCUACAGUCAGCAUGACAACUAAAAAACCACCACCAAGUCUACCACCAGAAAAGAUUGUGUGGAAUUCGACUGAUUCCAAAAUUUUGCUGAAAUGGGAGCAUGUAAAAUCCCUGGAGAAUGAAUCUGAGGUGACAGGAUACAAAGUUUCAUACAGACAGAAUAGUCAAGGCAGUAUGACUGUUGUGGAAACCAACAAAACCUCAGUGGAACUAUCCCUGCCAUAUGAUGAAGAAUAUAUAAUAGAAAUUAAACCAUUUGGUGAUGGUGGUGAUGGUACCAGCAAGCAAAUCCUGAUUCCAAAAAUCUCAAGUGCUGAUGCAAGAGGAUCAGGGGCUUCUGCUUCUAAUGCCUGCACAUUCUCAGCUAUUAGCACAAUAAUGAUUUCUCUCACAGCAAGAUCAAGUUUAUGACAAAACGAUAUCAAAGGACUGUACUGUAUAAACUACAUAUAGCUAGUUCUUUUUAAUAUCUUCAGUACUAAGUAACCUUGUUGUUUAAGUACUUUUUAUUACUGGGAAAUAUCGUUUAUGCUUAUUUAGGAAUGGCAUUAUACUUCCUGGAAGCAGGAAUUAGCUUUGUCAGACGUUUUCUUGGACACUCUGCAAUGCACUGAAAGCAUCAGUAAUAUGAUGUUACCAAAGCAGUUUACAUAUGUCCUUAUAUGCAUAUUUUUAUGACGUUUUGGUGUUUUAUAGAACUCAAAAAUUAUUUAUCACAUAUUGUAGUUAGGAGCUUUUGUUUUGUGCUGUGAGAUGCCAUAUAUAACAAUUAAGUGACUAAGAUUAUACAGCAACAUAUAGUCUAUGUCUCAAAACAAAUAUAACUGAUGUAAUUAAUAGUUCAAAAGUCAUGUGGUAGCAACAUAAGUAGGCUUUUGCCUAGCAUCUCAAAAAUUCCUAGAUGGAAUAUAUCAACUGGCUGGUAUUUUAUUUGAUACAGUUUGCAAGCUGUUAAUCAUAUAAUUAGGCUGGACUGUUCUUGCCUUGAGAAUAACAUGGAAGAUUGUUUGUUUUCCCUGCAAUGUUCUUUUUCUAGAAAUCUAAUGAUACUCCAUGCAUAAUUACUAACUUUAAUGUUUGAGCAACACAUUGUAUGGCAACACUGCAUGUCCAAAUAUUUUACAAAAAACAACAUGGUAGAAUUUUUUUUCUUUAUUCUGUUUUAGGGUUGAUCAAAUGGUUGGGGCUAAAGUAAGGUUUAACUAAGCCUAAUGACAUUUCAUGGGCUACCUAUCUUACGCACCAAGCCAUAUAAGCUCUAAUGUUGAAAUGAAUGUACAUUUCUGCCUCUUUAAGAGGUGCUUGCAUUCUUUAUAGCUAUGUUAAUUCCUUGUUUUUAAAUAAAGAGUUUAUUCAGGUAUUUAUAAACAAGUUGACUUGUAGAUCUGCAUAUUUAUAUGAUGUCAGACAGUGAGUUGGAACCUGAAGCAAUGCCAUGCACAGCCACAGUUAAUUUUCAAGGAUAUUUAGUAAUGAAGUCUUACUGUUCUGAAGUAUAUAAUAUUAUUGGUUCAGAAAGCAGUUUUAUGGGGCUGGGGAAAUUUACAGGUUAAUUUCAAACAAGCUGAAAUGUAAAUGAAUAUGUGUCAGGAUGACUGCAUACAAUCAAUAAAGCUUUUUUAUAAAUAGGCGUUAUGUUUGAAAAAAUUAAACAUUUUGUGAAUAUUAUGCCUCUUCAUAACAGACAUGUCUUUUAGGGUUCACUAAAAAUCUGCAGUCCUCAAUGUUUUACUAUGCAGCUCAUAUAGAAAUAAUAACUCUGUUGCCCCCAUCUUCACAAAGGACAACCUUGGAUAUUUGAAUAAUUUGUCAAAAACUGCUGAGACAUAAGCAUAAUUGUAUUCACAGUCACAAAACAGAGAACAGUUAGUGUUUAACCAAGUGAUAGGCUUAUUGUAUAGAGCAGUGAUUCUCAGUCUCUGUCACAGUGAAUCUUCUCAAAACUAAGGAAAAAUAAUUGAGCAUUACUGAAAUUUCAACAAGGUAAUCUGGGCCUUGAUAUACAAAAAGAAUCCCCCCACUUCUCCAUUCAUCACACAGGUGUACACAUACACACUGUGCACGCAUGCACACACACACACACACACACACACACACACACACACACACACACACAUAAAAUCACAAAUACACUUGAAUUAGUAUAUUAUUCUCUUACUGCUGUUUCACUUUGUAACAUAUAU